AUGGCUUUGGUGAAAACCAUUAGCAAGAAGACAGAGUUUGACGGUUGUUUGAAGCUGGAAAAGCUGGUGGUCUUUUACUUCUCUGCCAGCUGGUGUCAGCCUUGCCAUUUGAUGGCACCCAAGUAUGCAGAGUUGGCCAACAUGCCGGAAUUCGUCAAUAUCGAGUUCGUCACGGUCGAUGUGGAUGAAGCUGAGGAGACAGACUUGGGCGUGGACGAAACGGACAGUCGUGAGUGGCAGUGUGUCAAAGCCUUUAUCGCCUAUGCCAUCCACUUCCUCUUCUGUUCCUUUGGGGUGGUCAACCGGGUCCGGCGUCCGGUGAGAAAGCGGACCGAGGAGAUUGCCGAUGCGGCUGGCAUCGAUGCGGUGCCCACCUUCCAGAUCUUCCGUGGAGAUGCUCAGGCGGUGUCUGUCAAACGGAGCACGGAUUUGGGAGUGGGGCGGAUCGGUGCCACGGUGCUGGAGGAGGUGGACCCGUCCACUAGCAGUUGGGUCACAGAGGCCGUGGCGCAUGCUCGAGCGCUUCUGGGCAGCAGGCCGCCGCCUCAAGGAGUACCAGAGGCUGCAGCCUUGCUGACGUCAAUUCUGCUGCGUGUUCCAGAUCUCUGGGAAGAAUUAGCAGAGGACACCUUGGUGGCCUUUGGCAAUGUGGCGCCCAGCGGAGAUGCCUCUGGGUGUGCCAGGAGCCGAAGUGGGGGCCCUGCAUUUGUUCCCGGACGAGAAGACCUCUCUGCACGAACGAGGCGUCUACUCCUGUCCAGUUUGGCACCAGUGGUUUGCCAGGGUGAAGACAAGGGGUCAUUGCCAGCAUCACUGGUUUCUUUGCUAUGUCUUCUUGGCGAGGCUGAAGCAGAUGAGGGCCGCUUCCUGGCGGCCUUUCGCACGCUGCGCCGUGCGCAGGCCAUGGCCCAAAAAGAUCAAGCUGGCAGUGAUCGAGCAGAGGCAGCUCUGCAGGGUCUGCGUGCUGCGGCACUGCAGAGAUGGCACUUCCAAAUGAUCAAUGAUGUUCCGCGUGGAGAGCAGUAUGGACGUGCAAUUGCCUCCGCGGUGUUGCAGCUCUCUCAGAGGCCGCCAGAGCUUGCUACCCCCACGGUUCCACGCUUUUCGUGCGCCCGCGUUGCAGCGGGGGGCGGGUCGAAGACCAUGCCGCACUUCACCAUGGAGCAGGUGAGGAGCCUCAUGGAUCAGACUGAGAAGAUCCGCUCCUUGAGUAUCAUUGCCCAUGUCGAUCACGGCAAGACGACCUUGGCCGACUCGCUGAUUUCUCGAGCUGGAAUCAUUUCAGCCAAAGUGGCGGGAGAAGCGCGCUUCACCCAUGGACGAAAGGAUGAGCAGGAACGUGGAGUCACCAUCAAGAGUACUGGUGUGACCUUGUGCUUUGAACAUGAUGAAGAUGGGCAUUCACAACCUUACCUUGUGAACCUCAUAGAUUCACCAGGACACGUCGACUUCUCUUCUGAGGUCACUGCCGCACUCCGAAUUACCGAUGGUGCGAUUGUGGUGGUGGAUUGCAUCGAAGGUUGUGCUGUGCAGACGGAAACGGUGCUGCGACAAGCGCUACAAGAGCGCGUGAAGCCUUGCCUCUUCGUGAACAAGGUUGAUCGUUGCAUCCUCGAAAUGCAAAUGGAUGCGGAAGACAUGUAUCUUCGUUUCCGUACAGCCAUUGAGAAUGUGAAUGUGAUUAUCGCCACCUACAAUGACGCCUCUAUGGGUGACUUGCAGGUGCGGCCUGAGGCUGGAAACGUGGCUUUUGGCAGCGGACUUCAUGGAUGGGGAUUUGGGGUCGAACACUUUGCCAAGAUGUUAUCAGCCAAGACAGGUGGCAACAAGUCACGUAUGAUGGAGAAGUUGUGGGGAGAUUGGUUCUAUCAUCCGAAGAAGAAGCUUUGGACCAAUGUCCAGCAUCCUGAGGAUUGUCAAGAACCCUUGCAAAGAGGGUUCUGCCAGUACAUCAUGAACCCCAUCAACCAGCUGAUUCGUGCCAUCGUGGACAAGGACUCAGAACGCUAUGAGAAGAUGAUGGAGAGGCUUGGGAUUGUCUUGAAAGGGGAAGAGAAGACGCUCACUGGCAAGCAGCUCAUGAAGCACGUCAUGCAGAACUGGAUCAAUGCUGGUGACAGUUUGGUCUCCAUGAUUGUCAAUCUACCGUCACCCAAGGUGGCGCAACGUUAUCGUGUUGAGAACCUCUACGACGGUCCUAUGGAUGAUGACGCUGCCAUGGGAAUUCGCAACUGCAACCCACAGGGCCCCUUGAUGAUGUACGUCUCCAAAAUGGUGCCGGCAGACAAGAGUCGCUUCUUUGCCUUCGGCAGAGUCUUCUCUGGCACUGUGGCCACUGGACAAAAGGUUCGCAUCCAAGGGCCACACUAUAAGCCGGGAACCAAAGAAGACCUGCACGUCAAGGCGAUUCAACGCACGGUAAUCAUGAUGGGCCGAGGCAGUGAACUCAUCCAGGACGUGCCCUGCGGCAAUACUGUAGCUCUGGCCGGAGUUGACCAGUAUAUCUUAAAGUCUGGCACGAUCACCACCUUGGAGGAUGCUCAUAACUUCACCGACAUGAAGUACAGUGUGUCUCCUGUGGUGAAGGUCGCAGUGAAGCCCAAGGAUGGCAAGGACUUGCCAAAGUUGGUGGAAGGAAUGAAGAAGUUGUCUAAGUCUGAUCAACUUGUAGUUUGCUCGGUGGAAGAAAGUGGAGAACAUGUGAUUGCUGGCUGUGGCGAGCUGCAUGUGGAAAUCUGCCUGAAAGAUUUGAGGGAGGAGUUUGCACAAUGUGACUUCACUGUCUCUGAUCCAGUCGUUUCGUACCGUGAGACGGUCACUGAGACAUCCAGCCAGACUUGCUUGGCAAAGUCGGCUAACAAGCACAAUCGCCUCUACUUUACUGCUGAGCCUUUGGAUUCCGAGUUGGUACAGGCCAUUGAAGAGGGUUCUGUGGGACCAGCAGAUCCAAAGGAGGCUGCCAAGAUUUUGAGCAGCAAGUUUGGAUGGGACAAGCAGGCGGCCCAAAAGAUUUGGUGCUUCGGUCCUGAAUGUGAGGGCCCCAAUAUGGUGGUGGAUUCCACCAUCGGUGCCCAGUACUUGCAAGACAUCAAGGAUUCUGUGGGAAGUGCCUUCCAGUGGGCCACCAAGCAAGGUCCAUUGUGUGAAGAGAACAUGCGAGGCAUUCGUUUCAACCUCACGGAGGUGCUCCUCCAUCCAGACAAGGUACAUCGAGGAGGCGGUCAAGUCAUGCCGGCCGUGAGGCGGUGCUGCUUCGCAUCAGAGCUCACAGCGAAGCCAACUCUGCAGGAACCGGUCUUCUUGGUCGAGAUCUCCUGCCCCAAGGAGUCGCUGAGUGGGAUCUACAACUGCCUGAACCUCCGGCGAGGCUGCGUCUUUGAGGAGAAUCAACGCGAGGGCACUCCGUUGGUACAGGUGAAAGCACACUUGCCGGUGUCAGAAUCCUUUGGUUUUGUCUCUUCACUGCGACAGGCGACCAGUGGUCAAGCGUUCCCUCAGUGUGUCUUCGAUCACUGGGAAAGUCUUCCGGGCAACUGCUUGGAGAAGGGCAGCAAGAUGGAGGAGUUGGUGCUCAGCAUCCGGAAGCGCAAGAACUUAAAGCUCCAAAUGCCUCUCUUGAGUGACUACUUGGACAAGCUCUAA